AUGAGCAAAGGAAUUCAUGGUGAUUCUAAUUGUGUUGUGUGUCAUAGAUACACAGAAUAUAAUUGGCAUUUAUUUCUUGAUUGUGCUGAUAGUAUAACUUGUUGGCGACAAGUUAAUUUGUGGAAUGCGUUGCAAAAUUUAAUGGAAAAUGCUGAAGGUUUUAAUGAUGUUUUCAAACGUAUUUGGCACAAUUUCACCACUCAACAAUUGGUUUCUUUUGCUAUGAUAUCUUGGAGUUUAUGGCGCAAAAGAAACUUGCAGUUAUGGGAGCAGAAAACUGAGAGCACGACACAGGUAAUUGGCCGCGCCAAUGGUACCCUCCAGGCCUGGCAGCAGGCGCGUCAACCAGCUGACAUAGCCCACCCACGACAACAACAGGUCCAAGUUACACCAUGGCAACCUCCGCCGCUAAAUUUCGUCAAGUGCAACCUUGAUGCAGCCAUAUUUGCUCAUGAGCAACGUAUAGGCAUGGGAGCUUGUCUUCGCGACGACAAAGGGAGUUUUAUCUUGGCCAUGACAGCACAUGAAGAUGUGGUAAUGACAGCACAGGAAGCAGAAGCGUGGAGCUUAUAUCAAGGUAUACAAUGGGUUGCUAGCUUGGGUUAUAAUAAAGUUGUGUUUGAACUAGAUUGUAAGAUUGUUGUGGAUGAUGUGAACAAGAUGAGUAUCAACCAAUCGGAGUAUGGUUCAAUCAUUCAAAAUUGUCGAACCUUACUUCAUCACUAUAAUGACUUCAUAGUCGUUUUUACUAGGCGUCAAGCAAACGGUAGCGCUCAUGCACUCGCACGAGCAGCUUUAUCCCAUGCUUAUCGCAGUACUUUUAAUUCAUUUUAG